AUGGAGGUUAAUAACGUUCACAACACCCUCUGGUCCAAAAUACGAGAAGAUUCCAAAGUGUCAGAGCAUGUUAGGGUGUCUUUACAAGUGUAUGCACCGAAUGACAGUGAAGUCUACUUGUCAGAACGGAUCAGCCAUCUUGAGAAAGAACCAGAUUCUUCACAUGAAAACCAAGCCCACGUUGAAAAUUUGAAAGGACUGAGAGCCGUGUUACAAACAUUGAUGGCAAAUAUUGAAAUUGCGGAUAAAACAGUCCGACUAUCGUACAUGAACUUUGAUGAAGCCUUGGCUUUGUUCCUGUCUUAUCGCUUAAAUGCACAAAGGUCGUUGCUGACGGAUCGGCACCAGAAGAAAAGGUUUAUGGAUUUGCUUUGUCAUCCAAAAAAUGGCCUUCCAGUUUAUCUCUUACAGAACCAGUUCGUCGUGUUGAGAUCAGGAGAUGUUGACCUUGAUUUGUUUCUUGAAGAAAUCUCUCAGACGAAAGACGAUAGAGAAAAAUGA